AUGGAUGGGUAUGAAGCAACUAGGAUUGUGCUCUCUCGUAUCCAAGCGUUAGACCCAGAUAACGCAUCAAAGAUCAUGGGUCUUCUCCUUCUCCAAGACCACGGCGAGAAAGAGAUGAUAAGACUAGCUUUUGGUCCAGAGAAUCUUGUUCAUUCUGUGAUAGUGAAAGCCAAGAAAGAGUUAGGUCUCAUGAGCUGUUCAAGGCCUCUUUGGAGCCAAGAGGAGUUAAUAAGCCCUAAGAACAACACUCGUGGCUCUUCUCUCAACCCUGCUUCUCUGCCCUUCUACGCUAACGGAGGAGGAAGAUCUUUUAAGGAUAUGACCAACGAGUUCGAGUUCAUGGAUGAUGUGAACUUGGGCUCUGUGCAUGCCAGAAGCGGUAGCUGCGGUUUUGACGGUUUAGGGUUUGGUGAAUCUGAUUUAGGGUUUGGUGGCGUGCCCUGUUCUUAUUUCGCUAGAGGCUUCUGCAAAAACGGGAGUAGCUGUAGAUUCGUUCACAGUGAUGGAGGAGGUGAGCUCGUUGGCUCUCCGAGUAGAAUGGAGCUUCUUAGGUCUAACUCGGUACCUCCAAGACUCGCUCACCAGUUCAUGACUCGCUCUUCUUUCUCUCCUAAAGGUGUUAACUUGCAGAACAGUGAUGCUCAAAGAGCUGCUGCUGCUGCUUUGAUGAUGGGAGAUGAAUUUCAGAAGGUUGGAAGAUGGAGGCCUGAGAGGAUUGAUCUCUCAGCUAUGGCUUGUCCUGCUUCGAGACAGAUCUAUCUGACAUUUCCUGCCGACAGUAGGUUCAGGGAGGAAGAUGUGUCCAAUUAUUUCAGUACUUUUGGACCAGUUCAAGAUGUGAGGAUACCAUAUCAGCAAAAGAGGAUGUUUGGGUUUGUGACAUUCUUGUACCCUGAGACUGUCAAGAGCAUUUUAGCCAAAGGGAACCCUCACUUUGUGUGUGAUUCAAGGGUUCUUGUUAAGCCUUACAAGGAGAAAGGCAAAGUCCCUGACAAAUACAGAACUAACCAAACAACAGAGCUAGAAUUGUCCCCAACAGGGCUUGAUUCUAGCCCCAGGGAUGUUUUAGGAGGGAGAGGGUUCUAUAACAACGCCCAAGAUGUUAUGUGGAGGAGUAAAUUUGAAGAAGAGAUUCUUGAGCUUCAAAGCAGAAGGCUAAUGAAUAUGCAGCUUCUUGACGUCAAGAAUCAUUUCCAGCUCAAUUCUUCCUCUACACACAUUCAUUCUCCAAAUCCUUUUAGCCAGACACUUGUGUCUCCACGCCCGGGGGCGGUUAAAGCAGGAGGAGAGAUAGGGAAAGGAAGUUCCAAAGAAGGAUCUGAUGAUGAUACAAUAAAUCUACAAGAGAAGUUGGAGGAAUGCUUGCCAGAUAGUCCAUUUGCAUCUUCCACUAAUCAUUUGUUUCUGUUUGCUGAUUCUGUGGACAAUAAUGGAUCAGAUCUGUGGUCGCCUUCUUCUGAUAAUGAUGAUAAUUCAACUCCUUCUACACUCUCUGACUCCUUCAACUCUUUCAACUGCCAAAUGCCUAGGUCACCUGCAUUUGGGAUGUUACCCGGUAGGGGAGGACCAGCAUGUCGUGUUGGGAUAUAAACAGGAAGAGAGGUGAGAAAGAAAGAAAGAAAGAAACUGAGGUAAGUUAAAAACUAAUAAUAUAGACUCUUAAUAACAAAAGAUGCAGAGGUAUAAAAGUAAAGCAGGAACAUUUGAUGUAAGAGGUAGAGAAGUGAAGAGAAGAAAAAAAAGAUUGUUGUACCAUUUCUCUAGUUUUAAUGUGUAAUGUUGAUGGACCUCAGAAGAUGAUGUAAUAUGAUAUAACAUAAAUAUAUAGGACAAGAAGUGUAAUCUCUCUAAAGAUUUACAAAAGAAAGAGAUUACAAUAUGGGUUUGAAAGUGUUAGCAACUCUCUUCUUGUCCUUACCAGUA